UAGCAACAGCCAAAUUACGGGGCGGCACCUAAUAAACGAUAUGAACGAAUACAAUCGAACUAUACGUCAAUUGUCCGCUCUAACGAUAACAUGCUCGUGACUGACGAUCGGGAAUGACACAUUCCCAUUUGGCGUCAGUUAGGAAAGGGCUGUGUGUAAUUGCUUAAUCCUUACAUUAAAGCUUAUUCCUUUACAUAAAAGAAACUAACAAAAAAUCCACUUUUAAAAUGUUCAAAAGUCAAAAUCAAUUUUACUCGACCAUUUUCAGGCCAUUAGACGUUUGGAUGCGUUUACUCGGCAUCCAGUUAGAUCCUUUUCCAUCGGCUGCCCUGUCGAAACCCAGAGCCCUUUGUCUUUAUUCGUUGAGUUUCCUGAUGUUUUUCAUCAACGCGUCAAGUAACUUGUACUUCACCGCAGUGUCGUUUACCUCUCCACUGACGCGCUUUGGUACAAGUGAAAUUUGGAAUAAAAUUAUUGAUUUUGGUAGUUAUAAUUUGAUGGCCAUCGGGACCCACGCAGCUCUGUUGGCUAUACAACGGAAACCAGAAUGGGAAUUGUUGUGGCACAACCUGAAACAGUUGGCAGUAGAAGAGGACCCACUUUUCUAUACCAAAUGUCGUCGAGCCAUUACAAUUGUCCUAGUGUGCCUAACAGCGGACAUCUUUACUGUCGUAAUAAGAGCAGUUAACUUAAUUGUCAACACUGGAGGACGUCCUUUGAUGUUAUCACUGACAGACGUCAUUUCCAUCCUGACCGAAAUUUACGCAAUCAGCGGGCUGGCAGUGUUUGCAACUAUUGGCUGGAUAACUUACAUCAAAUUUUUGCAGUUUCAUAAUCAGUUAAACCCGACUCUUGAUCUCAACAAACAUCUAAAUAAUCCAUCCAGUCAGACAAGAACGAGACGGACAUCGAAUGAUUUAAGACGAUGGAGACGCACCUACGUGACGCUCAACGAAACAGUAUCGCAUCUUGGAGAGUGUUUCGGUCCGUUCCUACUGAUCUGGAUUAUUUACAUCUUUAUCAACUUCAUUGCCGUUUCUUUUUACAUCGUGAAUGGCAUCCGCAACGAACCCAUUUGGGAAAAGGUCUUGAAUUUGGUUUUCCUCCUAGUAAAGCAUUUAGUCCAUCUUCUUCUUUUGGCCAGCAUCCCCGUUACACUCCAGCAAGAGUCGUUGAACAUAUCGAAACCGUUAAGGAAAAUGAGAUUUGAUGAACCGUUACUUCAGCGUCAGGUGGAUACGAUGAUUAUGGAAGGGAUUCAAUCACCUACCACCAUGACUGCCAUGGACUUGUUUUCGGUUGAUUUGACUCUUAUCCCAACGUUGGUAGGAACUUCUUUGACCUAUUUGAUCAUCCUUUGGCAAUUUCAAACGGGAGAACGUCAAAACAAGCCCCAAUGCGAGCCAAUAAGUCAACCGACCGUGGGGCAUCUUCAAUGAAGUAUACGAAAAAUUUUAUUGUUGGGAUAACAUUUUCGUCGUACCAACAAAUAUGCAGCUUUUAACAAGUGUUUUCCUGUUGAAAACUAUAUUCUAUGUUACUUGUUUAAAAGCCAGUUCAUCGUUAGGGUUAUAAAAUCGAGUAAAAGGU